UGAGUUCAGCCCCUUCGGCUGGAGGCUCGGGUUUAUCUGGGACCAAAGAGAAAGCCAUUCAGGAGCUGUGCGCCGUGAGGUGAAGGAAGGCUCCGUGGCGGACGCUGGGGGGGAGCGACAGAGGACCAGGGAACCGGGGAUUUGACCUUUUACGCAUAAAUUCGGGUGUGUGAGGGCGAGCGGGGAGCUAUGGCGGUGUUCUCUGCUCUUUGGGUGCUCUUACUGUGCCAGCUUUUGACAUCCUCCUCAGCCCAGAGGCCGGGCCCCAGAGGAGCUCCAGGGCCACCGGGACCUGUCGGAGAACCAGGAAGGGAUGGCACCGAUGGCAAACCAGGACCUGCUGGACUGCCGGGGAAAGCAGGUCCCAAAGGGAAAGCAGGAAUCCCAGGAUCACCAGGACAACCAGGUCUGCCAGGACUUCCAGGGGUUGAUGGUUUGACAGGUCCUGAUGGUCCCGCAGGCAAAGACGGACCCGCAGGAGAAGCAGGUGAAGCUGGACCUCCUGGACCACCUGGACCUCCUGGCAGAGGGAGACCAGGAGCUGCAGGACUUCCUGGAACCAAUGGGUUGCCAGGCGGAGUCGGACCCCAGGGUCCAGCGGGUGCUGAGGGUCUUCCAGGACUUCCUGGACCUCCAGGCCCUGAUGGACCCCCAGGUCUUCCUGGUACUCUUCAUGAUCUUAAUGGUGACCUUCUGUGUCCUGCAAUCUGCCCCCCUGGUCCCUCUGGUCCUCCUGGGAUGCCAGGAUUCAAGGGCCACACCGGACACAAAGGAGACAAAGGAGAGCCUGGAAAAGAUGGAGAGAGAGGUGAUGCUGGUCCACCAGGUCCACCAGGUAUUCCCGGCACCGUGGGUCUGCAGGGCCCACGUGGUUUAAGAGGCCUACAAGGCCCAAUGGGAGCUGUAGGCGAUAGAGGCCUCCCGGGCUUCAGAGGCAAGCCUGGCAUUGCUGGAAUCAUUGGAAAGACAGGUGAUGCCGGAGAAAAGGGACCACAGGGAUUCAGAGGACCCAAAGGAGAAAUUGGUAAAAUUGGUCCCAAAGGAGCUCCUGGAGGAGCAGGACCCAAAGGAGAGCCUGGUAUUCCUGGCAGAGAUGGGAAAGAUGGUGCACCAGGGCUGGAUGGUGAGAAGGGUGAUGCUGGACGCCAUGGGGUAGUUGGAGAGAAAGGACCAAAUGGGCUCCCUGGUCUGCAAGGAAAGGCUGGAGCAAAGGGAUCUAAAGGAGAAGUUGGUGAUCCGGGGAAAGCUGGGGAGACAGGACCCUCUGGAGAGCCAGGUAUUCCUGGUGAGAUCGGCAUCCCAGGUGAGAGGGGGAUCGCAGGCCCCAGAGGAGUGGCUGGAGGUAUUGGACCAGCAGGAAACCCUGGGCCUCAGGGAGUGAAAGGCUUCCAGGGAGUCAAAGGAGCUUUGGGGGAUCCAGGUCUUCCGGGACCAACAGGAAUCCGAGGAGAGUUUGGUGACAGGGGUCCAGUUGGAGCUUCUGGAGCUAAAGGAGACAUGGGUGUGGCAGGAAGCGAUGGUUUACCAGGAGAGAACGGAGAACCUGGUCCUUUUGGGCCAGUUGGACAAAAAGGAGAGUCUGGGAAGCGGGGUGAGCUGGGACCUAAAGGCGUGGCAGGUCCUCAAGGAGAGCUCGGUGCAAGAGGGCCUCCAGGAAAACAAGGACUAAUGGGCUUCCAAGGAGAACAGGGUCUGCCUGGAAUCGCAGGAAAGACAGGUGUACCUGGUAAACUGGCAAGUGAGCAGCACAUAAGAGAGCUAUGUGGCUCAAUGAUCGAUGAUCAGAUUGCACAGCUGGCUGCUAAUCUGCGAAGACCGCUGGCACCAGGAAUGGUGGGCCGCCCCGGGCCUGCUGGACCCGCAGGAAGCCCAGGCGUAGCUGGCUCUAUUGGGCAUCCAGGCGCACGUGGACCACCAGGGUACAGAGGUCUGCCUGGAGAACUUGGAGAUCCUGGUCCUAGAGGUGACGUUGGUGAAGCAGGUGAUAAGGGCUCUACUGGCAAAGCCAUUGAUGGGCCAACUGGAGACCAAGGAUACCAAGGUCUUCCCGGAGUACCUGGAAUUGUCAAAGAUGGUCGUGAUGGGUCUCCAGGAGAUCCAGGUGAACCUGGAGAGCCGGGCAGGGUAGGUAGGACUGGGCACCAGGGACCACCUGGAAUCUGUGAUACAUCAGCCUGCCAGGGAGCAUCAGUCGCUGGGAAAUCCUCCAACCCCAAAAACCAUUAAACAUGACUUCCUGCGACCUGAAGCCAUCCACUCUAAGGAGGAAGGGUGAUAAGUGAGGAAGAAAGGAACAAAAGAAGAAAGUGAUCACAAAAAAGUCCUCUUUAUUUAAAUAGAUGUAUCACAAGAUGGGAAGAGUAACAUCUGCAGGUGUGAUAUUUUGAGAGGAACACAGGAACAUCCCAGGAGUGACAAGAACAUCAGAGCAACUGAGAGACCAAAAAAAUCAAGAUGACAUCCAGAAAUAAAGUGAACAGAGGCACGGAAAAGUGCAAGAGAACAUCUGCAUUGAUCCAAGUACUAUCACAUAACAAGACUUGACUUACAAACAACUGGAAAAUGAAUGAUGAGUCCUUUGUGUAUAAAAACUUUGUACAUGUUGUUUCCAUGCCCCCGAUUACUUUGGUUGAUAUCCUUCUGACAGAGAACACUAAAAACAACAGAGGUUGAAUGUGCAUUUAUCAUGGCCCAUUAUGUAAAUCACAGAUGUUACCUCAACAUUCAAGCUAACAGUGUACAAUAUGGAAAUAGGUGCAGGAGGCAAAGAGCCUCUGUGGAGGAGCUGUGUAUGUACUGUAAAAGGAAUAAAAAACAAACACCCAGGUGCCCAGAAAUUGUGUAGAUUAAUGGAAAAAAAACUUUUGAUAGUAGGUUUUUAUGGCUUGUUUUUUUUUUCUUUUGUUGGUUUUUUUGUUACAUGCAAAGUUGAUUCUCCAGAUUUGAGAAUCAAAACCAAAAUAAACUUGUGGAUGCAUGAAUCAAAUAUUGUAAAAUACAGAAAGUUUAAGACUCUUUUAAAAAAGUAUUGUUUUCCAAUCUGCAAUGACCACAUCCACUAUGUACUACCGGUGCUGUAACUAUUAAAUAUACAUGACGUUAAAUACUA